AUGGAUGAAAUAGGCUUUAAAAAUAAGAAAGACCUUAAAAGAAGAUGGUCAGCUUUAUCAAUAAUGCAAAGAGUAUCGAAAAGGAAAAGAAGUCUGUUUUGACCACCUGAAAGAGAGGAAUCCUUAGCUUUAUCGCAUUACAGCUUUUUUCCAAGCAAAGAUGUGAUAAAGCAUAAAGAGAAGCAAGACAGGCUCGUUUUUAAUCCUACCAGUUUAUUAAGAGUUGUAUGAGAUACUAUAAUUUCUGCACAAGCAGUCUACUUACUCUGCUUCAAAGACAAUAAAAAUUGGGAAAAUCUUAUUUGGGAAUUAGCUCUUUAUAGAGUGGUCCAAAAAUUUUUUAUUCAAACAUUUUUUCUUUAAAAUAAUUUAUAUAUUUGAAAAAGGGAUCUCUAGCUAAUUUUAUUAAAUUCUAAGCAGCCUGCACAAAUUUUAUAAAUUAAAUUAUAGAAAUUUCCCAUAGAUGGCGCUGUUUGCCCUUGAUUUGCCCACUGGGGGAAAUUUUUUGGUUCGACCAGUACCAUAUGGUUUGUCAAACCAAAAAAUUUUCCUCAUGGGCAAAUCAAGGGCAAACAGCGCCAUCUAUGGGAAAUUUCUAUAGAUUUUUCUUGCAAAAAACUCUAUAAGAGCAAACAAAAUACUCUCUUAAAGGGCUAAAGUUAGCUAUUACAAUACCUUUUUCUUUGAGUUUUUGACAAAAGAUAGACAAGAACCUUAUCAUUCCCUUUGAAAUUUGUUUUAUGAUUGAUUUUCUUUUAAAUUUUAACACAGCUUGCUAUAUCCAUGGGGUUUUGGUCGCAGAUAGAAAAAGGAUAUUUAUUCAUUAUUUGUCAACCUAUUUUUUAUGAGAUUUUUUAUCAGUAGUACCUUAUGAAUGGUUUCUAAAUGAUAUGGAGCCAGACUCUGGCGAGCGUUUUCGGUUUGAUUACUGGCAUUGGCCUCGAUUAUUUUGAUUAAUGCGAUUAACAAGAAUGACAAAACUAAGAAGAUUAAUUUACAAUGUCGAAGACAAUUAUCCAAAUCCUCUUAUAUAUUUUAUUACUCGUACUUUAAUAUUUUUACUACUUGCAUUUUUAUCGUGCCAUUGAAUAGCAUGUAUUAUGCAUACUGCGUGAUAUUAUUCUCUAGCUUCCCUAAAUAGUGAGUUUUCUUAAUUUAAAGUGAAUUUUUUUAUAUUAAUAAUUUAUAAUGAUAAUUUAUAAGAAUAUUUAAUUAUUGUACUUCAAUAUCCUCCAAUUUUUUUCCAUUAAAAUAAACGAUAUUAAUUAUGAUAAAUUAAUUUCAAAAUAUCAUAAACUUUGAUAAUUAUUGAUAAGGAAAAAAUUCUUGCUAUUUUAGCAGUCUGAGGAAGUAAGCUAUAAUGGCGAUAUGUGGCAAUCCUAUAUAGAAGGCAUAAGGGAGCAAUAUUUGGCUAAACUUGAGCAAGUUGUAGUAACAAUGCUUACAGUCGGAUACGGAAAUAUGACUCCAAAAUCUAUUCCUGAAAAAAUUGUUACCAUCAUUAUUGAGGGUUGUGCCUCAGGAUUUCUCGGGUAUUUAGUAGGAGGUAUUAUAAGUACUAUUAGGUAUUCUGCUAAAGAUUCAAUAUAUUUUGUCGGAUUAAAACGAAAAAUGAACAUUUAUUUACACAAACAUCACAUUCCUCAACCUUUAGGGAGAAAAAUCAUGGCUUAUAUAGAUCAUCUUUACCAGUAUCAGAAACAAAAUAUUUUAGAUGAGCAAGAAAUAUUAAGCUCUUUAUCACAACCAAUGCAAAGAGAAAUUUACAUUAAAACUCGAGGAGACCUUCUAAUUAAAAGUGCUCCAUUUCGAGACUACUCUUAUAAAUUUCUAAAAUAUCUUGGCCAAAAGCUGGAAGUUGAACUAUUUUCACCUUCUGACUUGAUUUUUAAGCAAGGAGAGAAGAAUGACGCUAUAUAUUUAGUUAGGCAAGGAUCAGUAGAAAUUUUUCAUCACUCAACUGGAACAGUUUAUACUGAAAUUCGAGAAGGAAAAUAUUUUGGGGAGAUUUCGUUUUUUCUAGGGAGAAAAAGAUGUGCUUCUGCAAGGUCUGCGGAAUUUUCAGAGCUCUUUAGCUUAAAUCGCGAAUUUUUUCAAAAAAUGUUAUUCAAUUUCUGAUAAAAUUGCAAAUAGAAGCAUUCUAAAAUGAUCUAUGGGGAAACUUAAGGGGGUAAAGCAUAUUAAAAUUGCCAAAAGAGCAAGAAUUGACAAAUAUUAUUGUGAAUAAUUGCAAAGGAAAAGACCUGAGCUAUUUAGGAGUUAGAUGCUAUUAUUGCCUUAAAAUGGGCCACGUUGUGGAAGAAUGCAACGAAAUUGUGUAUAAAACUGAUCAUGAUUCUGUUAUAAAAAGAGCAAAUUUUCUGAAAAAUGCUGGGAAAAGGAUUUCAAGGAAAGAUAUAGAUUCCGAAAGAAGGCGUGAAGUGGUUGUGUUAAGACGUCACAGCCUUCAAAAUAUUCAUGGAGGAGAAAUAGAUCCUAUGGAGCAGUAUCAAAAUAGAAAAACUUUAAUAGCUAAAGUCAAAGGCUAUGAUAUACGUAAAAUAUGUAAGGGAAGGUCAAGAGAAACAAUGAUUACUGUUCUAACAUGCCUCUUAAUUAAUUAAGAAAUUUAGUUAUUAUAUAUGAAAUUUUCUUUAUUAAUUAAAUAAAUUAUACUGGAAAAAGUCUAUUUUAUUAAAGGAAUUAAAGUUUUUUAUAAUAAUUAUAGUGAAAAUUUAAAAAUUAAAGAUAUUAAAUGUUUUAUUUUGCUCAUAUCAGCAGUUUUCUAAGACAACUAGGAAUGUCUAGACUCUGCUUGGGAUAGUAAAAGAUGACAAAGAAGACACAGAAGAAAAAAACUAUUACCCGAAUAUACCAAAUUAUUUGCAAUUCAGCAAAAAUUACACUACAAAACAUAAAAAUAGGACCCUAGAAAGUCCAUUGAAAGGUUCAUUAAUCCAUUUAUCUGCCGAGUACUUUUCAGGUGAUGAACACGACAGAAAAAAGAAAAAAAUUUCUGAUGGAAAUGAAACAAUGAACUCAAGUCUUGAAAUUUAG